AUUGAUGAACUCCCUGAAGGAGCCGUGAAGCCUCCAGCAAAUAAAUACCCCAUCUUCUUUUUCGGGACUCAUGAAACUGCGUUCCUGGGGCCCAAAGACCUUUUCCCAUAUAAAGAAUAUAAAGAUAAGUUUGGGAAGUCGAACAAGCGAAAAGGAUUUAAUGAAGGCCUGUGGGAAAUAGAAAACAACCCUGGAGUAAAGUUUACUGGAUAUCAGGCAAUUCAGCAACAGAGCUCAUCAGAAACUGAAGGAGAAGGAGGAAAUACAGCAGAUGCCAGCAGUGAGGAGGAAGGUGAUCGGGUAGAAGAGGAUGGAAAAGGAAAAAGAAAGAAUGAAAAAGCAGGCUCAAAACGGAAAAAAUCCUACACUGCAAAGAAAUCCUCCAAGCAGUCACGGAAAUCUCCUGGAGAUGAAGAUGAUAAGGACUGCAAAGAGGAAGAAAAUAAGAGCAGCUCUGAUGCUGGGGACGCAGGCAAUGACACAAGAAACACUUCCUCAGAUUUGCAGAAAACCAGUGAAGGG